AUGGAUGUAGGAGUGGACGCUGAGGCGUCAUUGACAUGGCUGAAGAGUGGAAGUAUCUUUCCGGAAACAGAAGGAUUCUUGUUUGCUAUUCAAGAACAGGUAAUAGCCACAAAAGCAUACAGAAAACAUAUAUGUGGAGAGGGCAUCGAUGACUUAUGUCGCUUAUGCAAAAAGGCAGUUGAAUCAAUUCAACAUGUAACAUCGGGAUGCACAAUACUUGCGGGUAAGGAAUACUUGCAGAGACACAACAAUGCAGCUAAGGUAGUGCAUCAAGCUAUGGCUCAGAAAAUGGAACUCGUCGAUAAGUAUUGCCCGUAUUAUAAAUACCAUCCAGAACCAAUUAACUCCAUGCGCAAUAUCAAGGUGUUCUGGGAUCAACCGAUCCUGACGGAUCACACCAUCCCCCACAAUAGACCAGACAUUCUUAUAAUAGAUAAAAGUAAGCAAUCUGCGUUUAUCAUAGAGAUUGGAGUUCCUUCUGAUGAUAACCUACACAAGGUAGUAGCGGAAAAAAAGAGAAAGUACGUAGAAUUGGCUGAAGAGAUCAAACAAUUAUAUCAUUUGAAGGAAACCCGAAUUCUGCCAAUUGUAAUCUCGUGCAACGGACUGAUACCGGAAGAAACUGUAUCUUCUCUGCGACUACUAGAACUACCAUCUCAGACGAUCGAAAGAAUGCAACAAGCGGCUGACACAGAUGAUUAUGAAGACAAUUUAAUGAUUAUUGGUGAGGCAUAUGAAUGCCUGAGAUGUAUAGCAGAAUCCGAUGAAGGUAAAAAAGCUCUUCUUGAUCAGGGAGCUGUUGUUAAAAUGGCUGAUAUUUAUUCUUUACAAAGUUUUCAAACCGAUGAAGCUCUUCAAAUUCUUGUGGCUCUAGUACAGCAUUUUGGACCUUUAGCUUGGGAUAAGGAAAAUCCAAGGUAUUUCCAUUCUCUUAUGAAUAAAGUAGCUCUAGAUUUUGAAACAGAUCAUAGUGAAAGGAAAUUUGAAUUGUGUGGUGUUCUUGAGGCACUUGUUAUAUCUUCUGACCGUAAAACAAUUAUGUCUACAUACCAAGAAGAAUCAUGGUCAACCAGCGUUUAUAAAGGACUUAAUGACAUACUUACUAGUAAAAUUGGUAAAGCACAGCGUGAUCCUGCAUUAAAGCUGGCAGCAGCUAUGAUCGAUUUACUUGGUGUUGAAUGGACUCUAACUGAUAAUGAAAAACCUAAACAAUUUUUCUUGUUACUUGUACAUUUAGGUUCAGUUGAAGUGAGAAUGCAAUUAGAAGACAGAAACUUUGAAGUAAUCCUAAAAAAUGUUGAUUUGAUUACAUCCUGUUUUAUAAUACUUGAAUUAUCAGUAUCUUAUAUUGCCAAUGACUCUUUGGACUUAGAACAGAAAGAAAAACAGCAACUUUAUACAGCUCUGAAGGGUGCAUUUUCUGCUGUCAUAGGAACUAUUAAGAAGUAUGUUAGUAGAAUUUCUAUGAACAAACAACAGUCAGAAGAGGGAAAAUUAUUUAUUUGUGCUUUAGUACGUGUUUUGGCUGCCUGGUUGGCCCAAGAAACAACAGCUAUGAGAAAUGCUGUAUAUGAGCUUUUACCAUUUAUUUUAUCUGUUGCUAAUGACAGUUUUUAUUCAUAUCGUUCUCACUAUGUAAGUGAAAAAGUUAAAUCAACUGCACUUGUUUCAUCUGGUCAUUCUCAUCAAGUUGAUGUAUUGAGAGUUAUGCUUCCUGCUUUAUGCCAUUUUACUAUUGAGGAUAAAGGACGUAAAAUAAUGCUUGACAGUAAAGAGGAUGAAAUUUUAUUAGAAUGUUUUACCUUUCAUUGGUCCAUUGUAAAUUAUAAAAGGCCACCUAUUCCAAAGUCUGAGAGGCUGAAAGCCAAAAAGGAGCCACUCCCAGAGUUACCGGCAUCUCUGAUUGAUGAAAUGAAUGAUUCAAAAGCAGCAAUGGUCAUUGAUACAAAUAAUGAUGUUGCACCAGUAUUAAAAGAAAAUGAUGUCUUGACUGUUUGCCGUAAGCACAUGAUGAUGGAACUUGGAAAACGAUUAUUUGGAGAUUAA